AGCAUUUGACCCACGCAGCAGGAAAAACCUUGGAACGACACGCUCCUAGACCGAGCCCCGUUAGUAGCGCAUUGCCAUGUCGGGCGGAACGAUUACCAGCGAUUUCGCCAUGCUCACAGCGCAGCUGUUGGAGAUCUUGCGUGCGCACGAAGGCAUGCGCGUAUUUUCCCCUCGAAACGAGGCCGGCGAAGUGACGGAGCACAUUCUGUUGCCCAAAGCUUCCCUGAAACUGUUGGAUGCCGCGGAGGAGUACCAGAAGACGGGGGACUUUAAAAAGGUUGUGAGCACUGUGGAGAAGAUGGAUGACUACGACAUGAUGAUUUCAGGCCGUGUGCUCCAGGAGAUUUUGGUGCAGGCAGGCUUGGCGGAGGCGCAUCAUCGCCUGCGAACCUUCAAAAACUCGGUUUCCUCGGAGGUGCAAGGCGUCACCAACACGGAGGACUCCUCGGUGGUGAGCUUCAUUGGCACCUUUGAGAAACUGGUCCAGAAGGGAAUCAAACCAGCCGAUAUUCGCGAGGCCAUCAUCCAGCAGAAGAUCGAGCUGGUCUUGACCGCGCAUCCCACGGAAGCGCAACGUCGUAGUGCCCUGAAGAAGCACGAGCAGAUGCUGCAGCAGAUGAAGGUGCACGAUGCCAAAGAUCAGCUCACCCCGGGACAGCUGGCCGGCCUCUACGACAAGAUCAAGGCCAUCCAGUGGAGUUGCUGGCGCACCAACACCGUGCGCCGCACGCGCCCCACCCCGGAAGGUGAGGCCCGCAACGGCAUGUUGGUCAUUGAGGAGACGGUGUGGAAGGCCGUUCCGGAGCACUACCGACGCCUGGACCGAUGCCUGACCCGCAUCGGCGCCUCACCCCUGCCCUUCGAUGCCUCCAUCUUGAAGAUGAGCAGUUGGAUGGGUGGAGACCGCGAUGGUAAUCCCAACGUCACCUGGGAGGUGACCAAGAAGGUGGUGACGCUGCUGCGCUGGCGCGUGGUGGAGUUGUACUACCGCGAGGUGGAUGAGUUGCUGUACGAGCUCAGUAUGGAUGGGGAAGUCAACGAGGAAAUGAGGGCCGAGGUGGAAGCCGUGAGCUCCAUGUGGACUGCCUCUGCACCAGGCUCCAAGGUCUGUAAACCCGACGCCCGCAGCGGAGUGCACUGGAACUUCCACACCGGCGUGGCCGAGGACGAGCCUUACCGCCGUUUGCUCAUGGCCAUCCGUCGCCGAUGCUGGCGUACCAAGGUCUCCAUGGAGGCCCUGUACAUGGGCAAGCAGAACGAUCCGGAUUUCGAGAAGGAGGUUCUGACCUCCUCCGAGGAGUUGGCUCGUCCUCUGGAAAUCAUGUACCGCUCGUUGAUUGAGCAGGGCGACGAGAUCGUGGCCAAUGGACGCUUGCUGGACCUGAUCCGCCGCGUUCGCACCUUCGGCAUCAGCAUGGCAUGCCUGGAUGUGCGUCAGGAAUCCGAUCGUCACUCGGAGGUCAUGGACACCUUGACCAGCUUCUUGGGUCUCGGAAAGUUCACCGAAUGGACUGAGCAGGAGCGAUGCGACUGGCUGGUGAAGGAGAUCGAGUCCAAGCGCCCCUUGCUGGCACCGGACAUGCCCAUGAGCGACAUCGUGAAGGAAAUCCUGGACACCUACAAGAUCAUCGCCGAGUUGCCCAGCGAAGCCUUGGGCGCCUACGUCAUCUCCAUGUCGCGCGCCACCUCUGACAUCUUGACCGUGUGCUUGCUGCAGAAGGUUGGAGGCGUGAAGAAGAUGAUGCGCGUGGCGCCGCUCUUCGAGACGCGCGAGGACCUGAUCAACGCGCCGAAAGUCAUCGAUGCGGCCCUGGGCGUGCAGUGGUACAAGGACCACGUGCAGGGAAAGCAGGAGGUCAUGUUGGGCUAUUCCGACUCGGUGAAGGAUGCAGGAAAGUUCGCCUCCACCUGGGAACUGCACCGUGCCAUGGAAAACUUGCUGGAGGUGGGUAAGAAGCACGGUGUGCAGAUCACCUUCUUCCACGGUCGCGGCGGCUCCAUCGGCCGCGGCGGCGGCCCUCCCAACUUCAUCCUGCAGGCGCAGCCUGCUGGAUCCCUGCAGAAUGGACAUCUGCGCCUCACCAUCCAGGGAGAGACCAUCGGUCGCCACUUCCCAAGUGACGAGGUGGCAGAGCGCACCCUGGAGCAGUACUCCACGGCUGUCUUGGAACACACCCUGGCCCCGCCGCCUUUGCCGAAGCCGGAGUUCCGUGCGGCCAUGCAGGAGUUGUCCGACCUCUCUGCGGAGCACUACCAGAAGACGGUCUUCAAGAGUGAUGGGGAAAUCUUUGUCCGCUUCUUCCACACCUUCACGCCCACGUCCGAGCUUGGACAGAUGAACAUCGGCAGCCGCCCUGCGAAGCGCCGCAGCUACGGAGGCAUCGACACGCUGCGCGCCAUUCCCUGGAUCUUCGCCUGGACACAGACGCGGCUGCUGCUGCCCGUGUGGCUAGGCAACGGCUUGGCCCUUCAGAAGUACAUCGACGCUGGAAAGCUCCCCUUGCUGCAGCAGAUGUAUAAGGAAUGGCCCUUCUUCCGCUCCAUGUUGGACCUGAUUGACGUGGAGCUAGGCAAGAGUUCCCCAAUGAUCACCGAGCACUACGAGAGCAAGACCGUGCAGCAGGAUGCCGACCUGAAGAAGUUGGGCGCAGACCUUCGUGCAGGCUUGCAGCAGAUGAUCGACAACAUCCUGAAGGUGAAGGGCGCCUCUGAGCUGCUGUCUCAGGAACCCAAUUUGAAGGCUGCUAUCGCGAUGAGAAAGCCAUACCUGGACACGGCCCAUGCCAUUCAGGCGGAAGUGCUCAAGAGGCUGCGCAGCACGGAGGGUGAGGUGCCCGUCGAGCUCCGCGACGCCAUGAUCAUCACCAUCCAAGGUAUCGCUGCUGGCAUGCAGAACACUGGCUGAAGCCCGUGGGUUCAUCCCACUUUUUGGGCCGGUUCGAUCUGUUUUUUUUCAGUGUUUAAUGUUCU